AUGGCCAAAGCUUGUAGAUCGAAAGCGUCGGGCGUGAGAAAAGUCUCCCGCCGGGUUAACUGGUGUGCGGAGCCCAGCACCUCCGAUCUUGACGAAUGUGACAGUAGUGAGAACAAUAUAGAUAGAUUGACUCAUAGGGAGCGUCAAGGUCGUAGAGAAGAGCUGGUCAAGUCAAAGCAUCAGGCCAGGAGAUCCGAAGGGGUCUCGGAGUGGCAGGUCGGACGAUCCGCAGAGACGCGUCGAUCGGCAGACCGGAAGUCGUGCCUGAGAGUGAGAGUAGAACCAGCCACCAUGUUGAAGAUAAAAUUCAUGGUACAGACGUCGCGUGCGAAUUGGAUACCGGAGCCUCGAAGGAUAGGUAAACCUCCGCUCACAGAAGCUACGAUUGAGGCAACAGCUUAUAACAACAGCCCAAUUAAGUUCUGCGCAUUUUGUUCCAACUGUUCUCGACCUGGACACAUGGCCAAAGCUUGUAGAUCGAAAGCGUCGGGCGUGAGAAAAGUCUCCCGCCGGGUUAACUGGUGUGCGGAGCCCAGCACCUCCGAUCUUGACGAAUGUGACAGUAGUGAGAACAAUAUAGAUAGAUUGACUCAUAGGGAGCGUCAAGGUCGUAGAGAAGAGCUGGUCAAGUCAAAGCAUCAGGCCAGGAGAUCCGAAGGGGUCUCGGAGUGGCAGGUCGGACGAUCCGCAGAGACGCGUCGAUCGGCAGACCGGAAGUCGUGCCUGAGAGUGAGAGUAGAACCAGCCACCAUGUUGAAGAUAAAAUUCAUGGUACAGACGUCGCGUGCGAAUUGGAUACCGGAGCCUCGAAGGAUAGGUAAACCUCCGCUCACAGAAGCUACGAUUGAGGCAACAGCUUAUAACAACAGCCCAAUUAAGUUCUGCGGUAAGUGCACGAAAAGCCGAGAUGGAUUUACACGUACUAGAACUACUCGCAGUUUGUGCGGUAGAGAUAUGAUCCGAGCUUUGAGGAUCGAUUGUGGACCCCAUUAUCAGAGUAUACAUGAAAUGCAGGAGAAGCCUCUGCCGAAGCCGGAGCAGAAGCUUGCUAAGAUCAUAGAAGAUAAUGAUUGUAUUUAA